AUCACUUGGACAAAACCACUUCAGGAGGAGCUGCAAUUAUUAGUUCUUCCCUCAGUCUCACUCUCCCACUACCUCUUAUCAGUCCAGUACUCCCAUAAACAGAGUCUCUCCAGCCUAAGGGGAGAGACCAUUUUUGUUGACCUCCUCCCCAUCCUUUCCUAAAAUCUCUGCCAGCUGACUUUCCACUCUUUCUUACAGAUUUCUUCAAAGCAAGAAGACUUUUUUUUUCUGUCUAGCUAGAAAACUAUUGUAGAGAUCACAAUUUCCAUUUACAUAUAGUGGCAUUAAUUCAAUAUUAGCAUCUGUUCAGCUGUUCUAUCGCAUUUUUAAGAUCGAUCAUCUGAAGUCAUUUCUCUGUUGCUGAGUUUCAGAGGUACUACUGAUCGAUUGGUUCUCGUGGAUGCUAUUCCAGCUGAAGUUCUUGGCAUGGAGUCUUGGAUAACAAGGAGCGCAGAGGGCUUUCCAUAUCCAUACGGAGUCACCACCCAAAUGAUUCAGAUGAGAUAUUCUAUGUGAAGUUCUUCUGAGUUUUGAGCAUCUGCAUGAUUUCAUCUACCCCAAAGUUUGGCAUCGUCAGAGCUUCAAAGUGACGACUUCUCUUCAUCACUAACAUUCAACACUAAUAGCUUCGUCAAAGUUUAAAAGCGUCUAAAGCAGGACCCGUUUUUGUUACGAACGAAGUUGGAUGAACAUUCAAACUUUUCAGAAGCAGCGAACAAUAGUGUAGAAAAAAUAGUGCUGCCAAUUUUCUAUGGAAUCAAUCCCUCUGAUGUACGAAAUCAAACGGGAAGUUUUGCAGAUGCGUUUGCAAAACAUGAAGAAAAGUACAAGGAUAAACCGGGAAAAGUAGAAAGGUGGAGAAGUGCUUUAAGGAAAUUAGCAAAUCUUGCUGGGUGGCAUUCAAAGGACUGGAUUCAGAUGUCAGGCCUAUUCUACAUGAAUCAGCGCAUUCUACAGGGUUCACAAUGAGCCUAACACUCGGUCAUCUUCUCGAAGACAACCUAAACCUCUUCAAUCUAGUGUAAAAGCACAACAUAGGUUUCUCAUCCUAGUUCUAAUUAAGGUUCCCUUUGCCAGUACACUCAGUUGCGGUGCUCCAAAAGCCUACCCCUUUUCUUCUUUGCUACAGCCACUGCUUGGUCCGCUUGUACCAUCACCCCAUCUGAUGUUUCAACAAGGCCAAGAAAUUUAGCAGUAAAGUUGGAAGAGAAUUUUGGCUGCUUCAACUUCUUUAGAGCCAGAUGCAAGUUAAACCCUAGUUUCACUGAGGACUUCAUUGAGGCAGAAUGCGCUGCAACCCUAUUCUUUUUACCAAGAAGAGGUUCCUCCACUGAUACCAGUGCCAAAGCAUCUUCACAGCGAGCCUCAGCAUGACACAAAACCACCAUACCCUUGUUCCUUUUGGGGAGCAGUAUCUAUUGUAAAUUUGCGCGAAGAAGAACUCAUUCAAGAUGUUGUUAAAGUGAUAUGGAGCAAAUUACAUCCCUCUACUUCAAAAUCAGCCAUAAACAAUGUGUCAUCAAUACCGUCUUCGUCCUCUUCUUUUUGUCGACCAAAGCAUGAUGUCUUUCUAAGCUUUAGAGGGGCGGAUACCCGCGCAUUUAUGGGCCAUCUACAUACUGCAUUAAUUCACAGAGGAAUUUCCACCUUUAGAGAUGACAAAGAUCUUGAGAAAGGAAAGUCCAUUCCCAAAGAACUCGACAAAGCAAUUGAGGGAUCAAAGGUUUGGGUUGUCAUCGUUUCACCAGACUAUGCUUCUUCAAAAUGGUGCUUGAAUGAGCUUUUGAAGAUUCUUGAAUGCGCUUUUGAAGAUUCUUCCUUACCGCAACAUCAUGAAAAAGCCCAUAAUUUGGAGAGCAGAUACAAAAUAAAUAAAUGGAAGGCUAGUUUGCAGAACAAGGAAGACAUCUCUAACCAUAACAAAAGGAAAAUGGUUAAGCUUAGCCUCACGGUUAAUUAUGGUGGAGAACGGGCCAGUCCUGUUUACACUGGUGAUAAAACAAAAGAAAUAGUGAUUUCAGAUGACAGUACUCCUGAUGAGCUUCUGGAUCAAAUAUAUAGUUUUGUUGGGGUGGAUCCAAAACAAAAUGAGAGCAAUACUGAUGAUAACCAAAGAAUUUUUAUUGGUAAGAGCCUUUCUUCCAGUACGGGCUUCAAGAAUCCGCUGCGGAAUGCUUGUGAAAGAAGAAUGACUGAAGUUCUAGUUUUGGUGAAUUAUGACGGGGAGUGGGUGAAUUCUACAUACGUUGGUCGUCAAACGAAAGGAAUAGUGAUUUCAGAGGAUAUUACGUAUCAAGGACUUGUGGAGAGAGUGUAUGGUGUUGUCGGAGUUGAUCCACAUGAAUAUAAGCUGAUAUUGAAGACCAGAUAUGAAUCAAAGUUACCUACUCAACCCGUGGAGAUAAUCAAUGAUGAUGACCUUGCAUUCUUCAUCAAAGAGAACCUUUCACGGGAUAUGAGCUCCCGAAUUCCUUUGUGCACGACUCUUGAACGACGGUCAUUUCCUUACGGAAGGGUGGAGUCAUCAGAGAACAGCAAUACGGCACAUAUUAACAGAUUUGGGACCUAUCACAGUUACUUUCAUGGUUGGACACCUGAUCUAGUGCCUUAUCUGCAGCUGCAGCCUUUCUACCAGCAGCAACAACCGUCUUACCAACAAACGUGGACAUGGCAGCCUUACUACAAACCUUCCUAUCAGCAGCUGCAAUGGGGAUACCAACAGCCCCAUCAUUCCUACAUGCCGCCACAAUCUUCAUGCCAACAGCCCCCCGAAAUCUUCUGGCAUCACUAUCAGCCCCAUAUGUACCCACCAACAUCUUACCAGUAGUGGCUACAUCUUCUUACUUGUCGAAUGGUAGUGUGACUCCAAGCUUGAUUGUCAAAGCAUGCUCGUAGGCCAAAUGUCGGAUUUGAUAUCUGCUCACCUUCGUAGUCUAUUGAAACAAGCUGCUCCUGCUGGAUGAAAUAAUCACAAAAUAGUGGCCGGUAUAACACUAAUUAAAAUAUUUCCUAUCAGGUUACGUUCAGAGUGUGACCGAUGAUAAGGUCCUUUCAGUUCAAACUCAGGUCAGAUAAUCAUUAUAACAUGUGCCCUAUCUGCAGCGACAGCCCUCCUACCCGCACCUAAAUCCUUGUAGCCAGUGAACAGAGUUGCAGACUUACCACAAGAACUAUCAACCUUUCUACCAGCAGUUGCAACCUUCCCACGGUCAGCAGCCACAUACUUCUAACACAGAGUCAUUGUGAAAAUUUUUUGAACAGAUAUUGGUGCCCAGCUAGCUUUUGUCUGAAGUUGACUCAACAAUUACUGGACUGUGGAUUACUGGAUUUGCAUCGUACCAACAUACAAGAAAUACUGACUAUAACUACAACGAGUAUAUAUAACACAGC